AGGGUCGGGAAGGGAGGACAGUCCUGAGCAAUGUUGCAGGAUGGCCUCCCGAAACUGCGGGAAGACGUUGACUCUCAGAAGUCUGUGAAUAGCAGAGAUGUUCUGGGAGUUCCAACAUGGCUGAGCAUGACAUGGCCAUUGCUGUGUCCUCUGGUCGCCAUGUGUGUCUAUGGACCGACCAUCCGGCAUUCGCCCACCAUGAUGCUCACGAUCUUUGUGGCCAUGGCUUUGCCUAGAAACAGCCGCCUCGGGGGGCGAAUGAUCAAGAAGGCCAUGGCGCCACCAAUGGCGACCGAGACGCUCGAGGGCUUCUCGAACUUCUCAAAGAAAGCUCGUUGGCAUUUGCAGAGACGUCGCUUGUACGUAAAGUGGGCGGCAGACCGAGUCGACAAAGAACUCCACUGUGCAUGGCGCUCAGUUUUGCCGUUGUCCCCUCGCCAAGAAAUUGCGCAAGCGGUUGGAGGGGAGAGCCGCGGCUUGCUGUGCUAUCACGCUGCGGCUUCAGCAGGCUUCCUGCUGCCGCCCGAAGUGGUCUCAUGCAGCUAUUUGCCUGAGCCAGGGCUUCGCGCACACUGUGUCCGCUUGCUGCGCGAACAGUGGGAAAGUGAAGCCAGACACUUGGCAUCCAUCCCAGAGGAGGGUGCUCGAAGUGCUUGGUGGGGCUUCGACAUCGGCCUCGAAGAAUAGGCCUAUGUCCUUUUGGUGCUUUUCUGAGUGGAGCUAAUUCGGAGGCUGGUCGUGGAUCGAUGACCUAGCCAGUCCUUUUUGGAGGCGAUGCACGCUUUUUGAUGAUCAGAUUGAGGUGCGUAGCCACAAACACAAAGGCCACACAGUACAGCAGCGGCAUAGGCCGCUGUGAAAAGCCAUUGCUAAAGUAGGUUCCAGAUGCUCAACUAUGUGUCUAAAGCUCCUUUGGCCAUCACAUUUAGCAGCUGA